AUGGGUAGGGUAAGAAGGAAAAGAGUGCAUAAGAACAUCAAAGACAUUAAAAAGAAGGCUCGUACAAGGCAUAAAACUAAAGAUAUUGAUCAAAUACAUCAGGACUUGAGGAAUGAAAAUGCGAGAAAAUUACUACAACAGUCUCCUGAUAUGGAUCUGCCAGGAUUAGCACAGUUCUACUGCUUAGAAUGCGCGAGAUAUUUCAUUGACCAGAAGGCGUUAACCGACCAUAAGAAACAAAAAGUGCACAGGAAUAGAUUAAAAGAACUGAAAUUGGAGCCGUAUACACAGCACGAAUCCGAUGCUGCAGGUGGCAUGGGUUCGUACCAUGGUCCGAAAGAGGCAGUUACAUCCAAAGAAGGCAUCUACCCUCUUUUACGAUAUAACAAUACGACUAAGAGUUUAUGGUGUGCGUAAAAUGUACACUAAAUGUAUACUAUAGUACUAACACGUUCGCAUUGUAACUUUUGAAGUGUAGCAGAUUAGCUACUGCGAUGUACAAGAUAUGGUGCGUUUUAAUUGGUGUAUUUGUGACGAAGAAAAU